UGGGUAUAUUCGUAGUUGCAGGUGAGUCAGCGGUUCCUUUAGUAUACCUUGACGUAGGAUAGUAUGGCCGAAAACAUGAAGGCGCCGACUACAUCCAGUCUGCGGUAAGGCAGUCAAAUUGGAAAGUUGAGGUAACGGCCGGGUCGUUCCUGCCAGUUCCAUUCUCAACAUGUGUGUGCACACCCAAUUCACCGACUCACGUCAGCCAAUACACUCUGUAACAAUAUAUCUCAAACAUGGCUGCGGAACAACGCCCAGAUCCUACAGCGUACGAGAUCAUCUUUAGUUGCUCGAUAUGCCAAGCAACAAUUCUCGACAUAUACGGCAACAACUGCGGUAUCCUAGGCGACGACGCCACAACCAACAGCAUCUCAACACGCCUUUGGUUGACAGAAUGUGCACAUUUGACUUGUGGCAAGCACUUAGAGGAUGGUGCUUUUUACCCAGAAGGCGAACAACCGUCAGCGCCCUGCCCACGAUGUGUGGCGGAUCGACGGGAUGGAACUCCAAAGAAGCUAUUCGCAGUCAGAGGUCACGAAGAAGGACAAAUCGACAAGGCAAUCCCGAGAAUGUGGUUCGACACACCCCCAACGAACCUUCAAAAGGCUGAUCAUGGCUUGGAAGCGAUUCGAUUCCAAUACUUGUCCCUCAUUCAAUUUGGCACUGGGCUACUCCAGAGCCACCGAAAGCUCAAGUCCUCACAUACUAAACUUAAGCAGACAAUGUCAGAGCUUGACAAAGCUGGGUUAGAGAUUACGAGCGAACUGAACAAGUGCAAACAACGGGUUGCGCUACUGUCAAAACAAGCCGAGGAGUACAAGCGCUUCAAAUCCAAAGAACCACAAAUCAGGCAUUACCUGGGCGUGAUGGCGAAGAUGGCAAAAGAGAAUGGGCACUUGAAAAAAGAGCUAAUUUCAUUGGGCUACGAGGUGCCCCAUACAGACUACACCUACACUGCACGAGACAUUCCCACAAAAGCCGGACUCGAAGAAAGACACGCCUCAUCUGGUGCAUCUCCAGACUCUGCCAUUGAUAUGACAGAGCAUGACCCAAUAUCUCAAUGUUCCAAGCGACGCAUGGAGGUAGCGGCCACCAUAUACGACGAUGAGCCGUUGAUGUCAAGAGAGCCCGAAGGCGCACCCUCUACGAAGAGGCCAAAACUCGAACAUGACUUGUCUCAGCCCUUGCAGCAUGGCUUUCAACCAUUUCUUGUGCGUGACUGCGUUGGUUCAAGCAGUAGAGACAGGAUGCCGCCACCCAAGCCACCAUUAUGUCAUCAACGCAAUGAUGAAGAGUCAGGGCCACGGCUUGGAAACACCCAUAGUCAGACCACCACAAAACUACGUGGCAGCGAUAAGGAACACAAUCCAUGCGCGCACGAGAUCGAAAAGGUGCAGAAGAGUGAUAUGACACCACUCCCUGUUCCCAAAGGAUAUUAUAUGAGUGGCGCCUUGAUGUCUCCUCCUAGGCACGAGAAUCAAGCGGACACACAACGUCGCAAUGAGCGUAAAACGAGACAAAAUAGCAGGCGAGGGGUCUGCGAACGUCCACUUGAGAGAAUACCGUCAGAAGAUCCACUACCUUUCGUAAGACCGAGCUGGCAGGUAGAGAGUGGUGCACCGAAAAACAUAGAAUAUGGCGAUGAACGCUCGUGGUACCAGGGUGAUUCGUACCAGGGCGACGUAACCUCAGCCGUCUCACGGGCAAGUUUCACAUUCAGCAAACCGCCGGCUUGGGUAGGACGAAACCACACUGAUAGUUCGAACGGCGCGUACUCUGCGCAGGCUUGUGAGAUGCCUGAACAGAACAUAAGUCAACAUGGUUCCAAUGGAUUAGAUCAGCAUUCCGUAUACGAGACACCGUCAAGGUACGCUGCAUUACAGCAGUCGCCCUCUCCUAGAUAUCAUCGCACUGUUCGUGAUACAUGUGUGUCGAGCCCGUUCUUCCGGCGACAGGCAGCUGCUCACUACAGCAUGGAACCUUCCCGGCGAGAUUUCGCACCUCGCACUCGAGAGCCAUACCGGGAUCCUCAACUCAUAUCACCAUCGGCGCGUGUACAGGAUACACAUCGGCUUUCAUUUAUGCAAUCACCCCGCGAACAUCGCGUGGACCUCUUCUCGAAACCAGGCGUGCUUGGUAGCCGGAAUGAAGUACAGAUUCACAAUCCAAAUUUUGCUGCACUUCGACAAGAACAACUGGACCACAGAUCAGGGUUCAUGAGACAGCGACCAGCUAGACUUGUUGCUCCCCUAUCAAACCCAGUACCAUCUCGUGCGACUUUUCAGCAAUCAUAUGGACGUCGAGGUAUUGACCCACGAACGAUCAUUAAUGGAUCGAAAAUGAGAAGCUCGCAAGGGGUGAAAAAUGGUCGGCCAUCGAGCAUGAGACCUCCUCAACAGCAGUAUUUUGGCAAUGCCGCUGUCAGGAGAAGUAUAUUGCGGUGAAAUCUAUUGCAACUCAUAGCCUGAAACUGUAAGGUUGCAUCACGUCCUAGAUUACGGGUUUACGAAGCGAUAUCUAUUGUGAGACACUGAGCUGUUUCUUUGGCUC